AAGCUUUUUUGAAAUAAAAUAAUAACAAGUCGAUCGAAAAUGGGAAAUACCUGUUGAACUCAUAAUAAACAAGGAGAAAGAAUUGACAUUCAAGAGAAAUCUAUAGAGGACAAGAAAAAGGAGGCUCUGGAGAUCGGCCAGAAAAAUCCUGACAAAGUCAUAAAAAUCCAAGCGAUCGGAAAAGGAAUGAUCGCAAGGAAGAAAUAUAAGGCGAAAAUGGGUGAUAAACUCAAGAGAAAUGAUGAAAAUCAUAAGGAAGAGAGGCUAGAUUCCCUCAACCGGCCCGAUGUAAACAAAAUCGUCAAUGUUCCAGAUUAUAGUAAUGCUGCUACCAGGGCUACUGAAGGCAGGCUUGGUGCCUUCGUAUAUGACCAAGAUGAUAAGUUUGACGAAAAUGAUCUUAUUGAUAGAGGCCCAUACGAGCUAGACAACGGAGCGAUCUAUAGAGGUCAGUGGUCAAGAGAAGGACUUAGGUAUGGCAGAGGUGUCCAAAUCUGGGUUGAUGGCUCUAAGUACGAAGGCUACUGGAGAAGCGAUAUGGCCAACGGCAUCGGCAGACUGAUCCAUGCAGAUGGAGACGUCUACGAAGGCGAGUGGUGUAAUGACAAAGCUCACGGAAAAGGUACUUAUACUCACAUGGAUGGCGCUAAAUACACUGGUGAUUGGAGAGAAGACAAACAGCAUGGAAUUGGAAUAGAAACUUGGCCUGAUCAAGCUAGGUACGAAGGAAAUUAUGAGCAUGGUAAAUAAACACGGACAUGGUAGAUUCAAUUGGGCUGAUGGAAGCACCUAUGACGGCCAGUUCUACGAUAACAACAUUCAUGGAAAAGGAGUUUAUACUUGGAGCGACGGAAGGAGGUUUGAAGGAGAUUGGAAAGAAAACAAAAUGGACGGCAAAGGAGUAUUUACUUGGAUUGAUGACAGAAGAUAUGAAGGAGACUAUGUAGAUGACAAAAAAGAAGGCUAUGGAGUAUUCCAAUGGGGAGAUGGAAGAUGAUACAAAGGUCAAUGGCUCAAUGGGAAACAACAUGGAAUAGGCGUGUAUUCCGCAGCCAAUGGACUCGAAAGAAGGGGUGAGUGGAGAGAUGGAAGAAGACACCAAUGGCUAGAUGAAGAAGGACAGCAAAACUCUUAAUAUUAUAA